AUGCGGUCCACGCCUCUCCGCUUCGUCGCGCUCGCGAUCCUGCUCGCCUUCUCGCUGCUCCUCACGGGCGAGUUCGAAAUGCAACGACGGUUCGACCCGCAACGGCCAUUCCGCGCGCAGCGGUUCCUCUCCCUCAUACGUCCCCCCCACCGCACGCAGACAGCAGCCGCAGACGACGCGGCGAACAGUGCGACGAGCGACGCGACGAGCCGCAGUAACCCGCACCAGGGCGACGAAUCCGAGCAGGACACGGAGGAUCCGACUCCCGCGGUCGCCGCGCCGCCGCUUUCGGCGGAGGAUUUUAAAACCCUAGAGAGCCUAAUAGAGCAGCCAGUGGAGGAGGAGGAUGGGCAGGAGAACGAGGAGGAGGGGGAGAAAGGAAGGGAGGAGGAGGGGGAGGGGGAGGGGGAGAAGGAAAAGGGGAAGGUGAAUUGGGGGUUGGUGGGGAGAUUGGUGGGAUUCGGGAGCCAAUUGGCGAAUUCCACGUGGGAGAGAGUUGGGGGGGUUGUGAGAGGCGGGGUGGAGGUGUGGGAGAAGCGGGAGAAGGAGGCGAGGAGUAGGAAGGAGUGGCGGAGAGUGGUUGAGAGCGAUAGGAAGAAGAGGAUGGAGGCGAGGAGGAGAGGUGGUAAAGGGAGGAAAAGGAGGAGGAAGGGGAGUGGUAGAGUGAUCGGUAGGGUGGAGAUGAGAAGGAAUGACUCAGAGGGACGCGGCAACAGCAGCAGCAGCAGCAGCAGCAGCAGCAAUGCCAUUAGCAACAUCAGCGAGCGUGCGUUUGGAUCGGAAGGUUCCCAGCCCGACGCGCUGCUUCCCAGAAACUUCUCCGUGCGCCUGCUGACGCUGGACCCUUCUCGGCGUCGCACGGGGCUGCCUUUGAAGCUGCGGGAGUGGCAAGCUGAGAGCGUGUUUGUCAUCGGCACGGGGGAGUCAGGCAAGGGGCGACGAGAGACGCUGCUGAAUCUGGACCGUCGGUUUCGUGCAGCAGGGCUGCAGUACACGCAGGUGGUGAUGCCCAUGGCGUUAGAGGAGCCAUUCAAAGCGAGAUAUGACCCAGUGUUCCCAGCACGCUCUCUCUCCCUCCGCUCCACCUUCCACCCGCACGACCUGGCAUACGCGUUCGCACAUUUCGAGGUGUGGGCGAGGGUGGUGGUGCUGCGGCUGCCGUACGCGUUGGUAUUUGAAGACGAUGCACGGAACGAGGUGGACAGCAAUGCAGCCUGGAAGCAGCGGAUGGAAGGGCUCCUACGCCAGCUCAACCUCCUAGUCAUCCAGAACGGCAACCGCUUCUUCUUUGACGUGCUGCUGCUGGCUCGCUCUGCCCUCGCGCCCUACUCGGAGCAGCAGCUCACAGCCAACAUCAUGAAGGCUCAGCCCAGCAUGGGGUCGCAUGCAUACCUCAUCACAUACGCCGGUGCUAAAAAGAUGCUGUCGCACAUGCGGCUCAAAGUGCCAAUAUCAGAGGCGUUUUUCACCGUCCCACACGCCCACAUCCUAGCAGCAGACCCGCCCCUCUUCAACUCCCAGAUGUUCAUGUGCCGUCCCAAGCCCUGCCGAGCACCACCCUUCGACCUCUACUCCUCCUCCCGCCUCUCCUCCGCCUGCCGGGAAACCCUCUUCCUCAGCUUCCCCGGCCACCCCCGAAUCAGGGGGAAUAUUGUGAAGAAGGAUUGGGUGAGACAGGCAUCGGCGGAAGCAGGGGCUAGAGCUACCAUUGCUGUGGAUGCUGAUUGUGGGACGCCUGCGCAGUGCCUGAUUCGAUCCCACCAGGAGAUUCUCCAGGUGCCAGGAUCAGGUGCCCGGGUGAAUUCCCAGGUGGAUCCUCAGGUGAUUUUCCAGGUGCCAGGGAUAAGACCAUCUGCAGGGGUACGUGUGCUGAUGCGAUCCAUGCCGCCCAAACUAGCCAUGUGGCCAACCUUCGUGAUCGGAUUGGCUGAAGACGCCGACCGAUUUGUCUCAUUAGAACCUGUGUUGCAGCAGCAGGGCUUCGGAGAAAUCAUCAAGGCAAACGGCAUUUCGGUCUCAAAUACAGACUACCAGGUGCUGACUCACCUGGUGGACAAGGAGCAUCGGGCCCGCACCCGAACCUCGCCCUGGUGGCAGGAGAAGCAGGCCCGGCCGACCCUGAGCAAGGGCGAGGUCGGGUGCGCACUCUCGCACUACUUCGUCUGGUUAGAAGUUGUGCGAAGGCAGCUCCCAUACGCCAUCAUAUUCGAAGACGAUGUGCGGUUCUUAACACACUCUUUCAGAGAGGUGUUUGAGCGAGACGUGGCGGAGGCAAACGAGGUGAUCACACGGGAGAUCAACCCGUUCCGCCCCGAUAUAGUCUUCCUCGGGAAAUCCGGCAUCAUGACUUCGUUCUACUACCCGAAGCUGUCCCAGCACGUGGUUAUAUCCCCGCUCGUGUGGUGCUCGUUCGCGUACAUAGUGUCUUUGGAAGGCGCUCGGAAGCUGGUGGAGAGGUUUUUUGUGAACGAUCCGGUGGACUCGUACUGGUGGCAGGUGCCUGGGAUGCAGUUCUGGGCGUUUGAGCCGUCGCUGGCUGAUCAUCUGACGGUGAAGAGGAAGAGACGGGGGAAGGGCGUGCAGUUUGUGAGCAGAGUGCAGGGGACUGACAGCGAGUGGUAG